AUGCAAGCUCCUCCGCAACCGGGGCAGAUGCCCACCCGCGAACAGAUCAUGGCGAUGCAGCAGCAGCUCGCAAGAGACGCAGAGAAGGCCGGCAUGACUGUCCAACAGUUCGUUGAGCACCUCAAGAAACAAGCGCAGGAACAGCAAGCAAGAAUGCAAGCCGCAAUGCAACAGCAACAGCAGCAUCAACAUCAACACCCACAACAGGCCCAAGGCCAACCGCAGCCCAUUGUCCCUGGCCCUCCGAACCCCCUCGCCUUGGCACUCGCCAAGUUUCUACGAGGCCAGGACCUGAAGCCGCGUACAUGUAUCUUGAAUGGAGAUCGGAAGGAUAUGUUCAAAGUGAAGCGAGCCCUCCGAGCGCUCCAGUCCCCUGCCUAUGAGAAGGCGCGCAAGAAGAACCCGGCUCUCCCUGAAAUCACCGACCGAGCCUCUCUUGAGAACACGUUUAAGCUGCUUCCCAUGUCCAUGCUCGCCCUCCGUGUCAACAAGGUCGACCCCCACCAUGGCCAUGACCACGCUCCCAAGAAGACGAAGCGGGUGAAGGGCCUCUGGACGGUUCGCAUUGAGCCCCAGCAAGAGGCCAAGGAGGACAUGUACUACGUAUGGCUGUGGGAAGGCAGCCAGCUCAAGCGCAAGGUCUAUGCCGCGCUGGCUCUGCUCGUCAUCUUUGCCGUUGUCCUCUAUCCACUCUGGCCGCUGAAGAUGCGCCAAGGCGUCUACUACCUCAGCUGGGGCUUCUUGAUGCUUCUGGGCGUGUUCUUCCUCAUGGCUAUCUUCCGCGUCAUCCUCUUCUGCGUCACCUAUUUCGCCACUCCACCUGGGCUGUGGCUGUUCCCCAACCUCUGGGAGGAUGUCUCGUUCUUCGACAGUUUCAAGCCAGUCUGGGCUUGGCACGAGACGGCGAAGAAGAAGAAGAAGGCGAAGGCGAAGGGCGGUUCUGCGAGUGCCCAGGCGACCUUUUCUGCAACGACCGGACAGCCGGCGCCGGCGACCGCAACAACCACCGCAACCGCCACCCAGGUAGCCGAUACUUCGAUGCAACAGCGCGGCUAUGUCUCUCCAAGAGUCGAGGAACUUCCUGACGAUGAGUGA